AUGGAAGGCGCCCUGACUGCCAGGGACCGGGUUGGAAUCCAGGACUUUGUCCUCUUGGGAACCACAGACACUGCCUUCCUCAGCAACCUCAAGAAACGCUUCAAGGAUCUCAUCUAUACUUACAUUGGCACAUUAUUGGUGUCUGUAAACCCCUACAAAGAGCUGGACAUCUACAACAAGAAACAGAUGGAUCUCUACAUGGGUGACUUUUUUGAGCUUCCACCUCACAUAUAACGCUUACCAACCAUGCUGACAGAGUUCAACAAUCACUUCAUCCUGAUCUCUGGUGAGAGCGGGGCAGGGAAGACCGAAGCCUCCAAGAAAAUCCUGCUAUAUGCUGUCAGCUGUCCUAGUACCACUCUGCUCAACUCUGUCAGGGACAAAAUGCUCAUGUCUAACCCUGUCCUGGAGGCUUUCGGCAAUGCCCAAAACACUGAAAAUGACAAUUCAAGUCGUUUUGCCAAGUAUAUGGACAUUCAGUUUGACACGCAGGGGGACGCUGUAGGCGGCCACAUCCUGAACUACCUGCUGGAGAAGUCGAGGGUGGUGCAUCAGAAUCAUGGAGAGAGAAACUUCCACAUCUUCUACCAGCUCGUGGAAGGAGGAGAGGACGACCUCCUGCGCAAGCUGGGCUUGGAGAGAGACUGCCAGCAUUACAACUAUUUAACCCAAGGGGAGUGUGCCAUCAUGCCAUCAAUUAAUGAGAACGACUGGAAAACGGUCAAAAAUGCUCUUCAGAUCAUCAACAUUGAUGAGAUUAACACUAGUCACCUUUUUGGGAUCAUUGCUAGCGUUCUCCAUUUAGGGAACAUUCAGUUUGACUCAGACAGCAAAGGCCAUGCCCUCAUGACCAACAACGGAGAGUUACGAUGGUUUCUAGAUCUACUCGGGGUGGAUGCUCAUAGUCUCCAGGAGGGUCUCACAUACAGGAAGAUUGAAGCCCAGAAAGAUCAGGUCUUCAGCCCAUUCACUAUCGAUCAUGCCAUCUAUGCCAGAGAUGCUCUGGCCAAAGCCAUUUAUGGACAGACCUUCACCUGGCUGGUCAGUAGGAUCAAUGAGUCCAUGGAGAACAAGGAUCCUUCGAGGAAGACUGUCAUUGGUCUUUUGGACAUCUAUGGAUUUGAAGUUUUUCUAUCUGAGCUUGUUUGUCAUGUCCUUAGUUUUGAGCAGUUCUGUAUAAACUACUGCAAUGAGAAGCUUAGCAGCUUUUUCAUCCAGCUCACACUCAAAUCUGAGCAGGAGGAAUAUGAAGCAGAAGAUAUUGAGUGGGAGCCAGUACAGUUCUUCAACAACAGGAUCAUCUGUGAUCUGAUUGAAGAGAUACCCCGAGGACUCAUAUCCAUACUGGCUGAAGAGUGUCUCAGGCCAGGAGACGCCACAGAUCUUACCUUUCUGGGAGAGAUGGAGGAGACCAAAAUGGGAAUCCAUCCUCACUUCGUCACGCACAAACUGGCAGACAAAAUGACACGCAAGACUCUGGACGAGGGAGAGAUUUUCGUCUCUUACAUUAUGCCUGGGGAGGUCACCUACUGCGUUGUUCUCCUUGACAAAAAUAAUGACCUUUUAUAUAGAAACAUUAAAGAUGUAAUGAUUUGUCAGUCUAAAAAUGCCAUAGUCCGAGAGUGCUUCUCCACAGUGGAUCCAGACAGCAGGCGAAGACCAGAAACAGUGAGUACUGAAAACAAAUCACAGCUGCUGAAACUGACAGAGAUCCUCAUGGAAGAGGCCUGGUACAUCCGCUGUCUUAAAUAUGAGUCAAAGCAGCCAGGUCAAUUUGAUGAAGCUCUGAUCAGGCACCAGGUUAAGUAUCUGGGCCUGAUGGAGCACCUCCGGGUCAGACGAGGGUUUGCUUACAGACGCAAAUAUGAGGACUUCCUAAGAGAUAUAAAACCCUUGUGCCCUGCCACCUGGCCUCACUGGAGAGGAAUGCCUGCUGAUGGGGUGGAAGUGCUGGCACAACAUCUGGGCUACUUUCCAAAUGAAUACAAUGGGCGCACCAAAAUAUUCAUACGUCACCCGAGGACACUUUACGCCCCAGAGGAUGCUUAUGAGAGAUGUAAACAUGAACUGGCAACAAGGCUCCAGGCCAAAUACAAAGGUUACAGAGCAAAGAGAGAGUUCAAGAAACAAAAAGAAGCAGCUACUAAGAUUGAAACUUGUUGGAGAGGAGUGCAGGCAAGAAAGGAGAGAGAGAAAAGAGCCUGGGCAGUGAAAGUCAUCAAGAAAUUUAUCAAAGGUACAUGACAAGAGGAGAGGCAAAAACCCACAGACAACUCAGAGUACCUGGCCUUUGUGAGACAAAAUUACCUGAACAGAUCAAAGAAAAAUCUGCCCAAAACAGUUUUGGACAAAACAACCUGGAAAACUCCUCCUGCUGUGCUCCAAGAGACGUCAGAGAUACUGCGCAAGCUUCACUACCGUCUCAUGGUGCGGAAGUAUGUGAAAGGAAUAACGCCCCAGAGAAAAGCACAGCUGCAACUGAAGCUUGUAGCCAGCUCCAUCUUCAAGGGCAAAAAGGGGAGGUACCCACCGAGUGGCCAACCUUUUUUGGACACCAGAAUCAGUGAACCAGAAAUUAACAUGAGGGUACUCCAGAUGAUUCGCAAUGAGCAGAUUAAGUACAGUGUCCCGGUCAUUAAAUAUGAUAGGAAUGGUUUCAAACCAAGGCCACGACAGCAUCUCACUAAGACGGCUGCUUAUGUGAUAGAGGAGACUAAUAAACAGAGAGUGCUGUACACCUCCCUCAAAGGUAUUUCAGUGAGUAGCCUGACUGAUGGCAUCAUUGUUUUCCACAUAACGUGUGAAGACCCUAAAGAAAAGGGGGACCUUGUAAUGCAGUGUGACCACUUGUUUGAGUUUCUGACCAAACUCAGCGUCAUUGCAAACAAACAGAAUGCAAUCACAGUGGCUCAGGGCAGCAUCAAGAUUGAUAUCCAGGCAGGUAAAGAGAGUGCGGUGGACUUCAGCACUGGGCAGGAGCACAUGGUGUACAAGGCCAAGAACGGACACCUCAUGGUGGUUGCCACCCGGACAAGGACACGGUAACAUGUGUGGGGGUGAGAAGACACACAAGACUCCCCUGCAUAUUUCAUCAGGAGACCCCUACAGGGAGAUCACCAGGUCUACUUGAAAC